UGGGGGCCGCGAUGCCCCCGGCCGCCGGCCUCUUCUGCUGGCUGGUGGCUUCGGCCCUGUGCCUGAGCGGAGCGGCUCACGCCAACUGGACCUCGCCCCGGGCCUCGGCAGGGCUGCCUAACCGCACCCUGAUGUCUUCGUCGUCCUGGUGGCCGCACACCGUGCCCCCGGAGCUGCUCAACAGCAACAUGGGCACCACGCAGCAACAGAUCAUCGGUGUUCCGCCAUCUUGGGGCUUGGGCUGCCCAACCCCCGGAAGUACACCCCCGGUGCGUGCCCCCAACAACAACAACGACGACGACAUCCCGCCGGCCGCCGAACAGCUGGAGGAGCGGAUUCGCAGAGACCAGCACCGGCCGCACUACACGUGCCCGCCGCCCUGUUCGCUCGAGCAAACUGUCAGUGCUAUUUCUAGUGAUAAUAGUGCCAGCAGUAGACCGCCCCCGCCGCCACCCCCGCCGUCGUCAUUAUCAUCAUCAUCGUCCGCAGCAGCAGCCGCCGCCGCCGCCUCCUCCACCACCGACACGCCAGAAAAUAAUAAGCGAAGUCAACAUCCUCCGUAUUUCAACCAGUGCCUUCAUUAUUUAAAGCCAAGUGUUUUUGAGACUUUGUGUAAAAAAGACAACCAGAGUAUUUACGAAUUUGGAAGGAAGGUUUCAAAAUUGCGACUUCCGUUUUGUUGCGAGCACUCCGUCGAGAGUGUGCUGAUGGCUGGUCUUGAAGAAGAAUAUGACGACAACAAUAAUAAUGUAAUAGAGAUGAAUGAAGAUGAGCGACACACUUUUACAAUUAACAACCACAACAACAAUAAUGCUAGGAGUAAUACAAUUAAUAAUAAAGAGGUGCCUGUAAGUCGUCGUUUGUUACGUACUUUUGAGUGUAAUCGCCACCUUGAGGCUCUUCUAUCUUUGGAUCGGCUUGCAAGAAAGGCUGCACAUCUUUUUGAUGCUGUUGUAGAACGUUAUGACUGUGGCCAGACUUAUUCAGUACAUUUCCAGUGCGAGGAUUGUAAGGAUGCGUAUCGGCGUUGGGUGUGCGCGUCCCUGUUGCCUUAUCACGAGCUACGCCGUGAACCAGCCGCGAGGUCGGCGCCGCCCCCGGCCAAGGGCGACGACGGCGGCGCCGACUCAAGGGGCGAGCCGGCCAAGCAGCCUGAAAGGCCGAGCCGAACUCGUCGCCGAGCGUGGCGAAAAGUGCGCCCGUGUCGUGAAGUGUGCCAGCAAGUGGAGCAGCGGUGCCCCUUCUUUCUGCCGGGGGACCGCGCGCCAGGAUACACCACACAGUAUGCGGGUGAACCCACCUUCCUGUGCCUCGAUCCCAACAUUCCUGAGACGGGAGAGCAACUAGAGAAUUCAUCCUACGGCCCUGAGGAUUGCUGCUUCCGGUACUGUGAUACUACCGAGAGCGUCGCCCAGAAGCUUGCGCGAGUCGCCGGCACCCGGCAUCCCCUGUUGUUACUGACGCAUCAAAAGGAGGUGCGGCACGGCGUGUGCUCAACGGACACGUGCGGUCGGCCCUCAACCAUGACCACCACCAGCCCACAGACAUAUUCUUCUUCAAGCGGCGGCGCGGCGGCCGCGGAGGCCGAGCGCCGCGAGUGCAGCCACGCGGACAGACAGACUUGUUCUUCUCAGCACUCGACGAACCCCCCGUCUUCGUUGUUGCCCCCCGAACCCCCUAAUCGUAAGAGCAGUUUCCAUAGCAGCAGCAGCAGCAGAAAGAAGAAUAGGCAUUCUUCUCAGCUAAAUGAUUUAAAAAAUGAAGUUGUCGUUGUUAAGAUGAAAGCAGGUAGCGGGCAGGAUGUUGACAGUGCAGCCGGUAGGCACGUGCGGGACGCUGCUGUUGACAGUGCGGCCAGCCACGGUGUUCGGACAUCGCAGCACGAAUCGUUUCACAUACACUCUUGGACUAUUAGGCAAGUGCGGCGUGCCGCCGGUGGUGCGAUAGUGGCGCCGCCACUCGCGAGUGAUCCCACUACAAAUAUUUUCAGUGAUAAUAGAUUACCCGUAUUAUGGCGGAGAUGGUGGUCAUCUAUUUUUACUAAAAUAUUCGCAACCGCCGAGCUGAUCGCCGCCCUGUUGCCGUACGUGUUGUUAUUUUUACUCGUCCAGAAGAGAGCGGUGGAGGGAUAUCUCUAGCUAAUACUACGGGGGAGGCUGCAUAUUGCGCCCUGGCCGCGCCCGCCCCUGCCUCAAGACCCCUGCCGGUGCUCAGGGGCUCGCGCGGCAGGUCGGACGCCCGCUGUCCAGCUCGGAGGAUGAUAGGAGAGCGGCUUCCGGCUAGUUUUAUAGCCGGAGCGGAAACUCCCGACGCAGCGAGUGCUGAGCCCAUUUGUAACUCAAAGAAAGUCCAAUUAAAUUCACACACCAAAGGGCUCUGGCUAUAAAACACGUUUCUAUUCCCGAUUAGGAAAAUUGAGUGCGUCAAGUUACGUUGAUUCUGUCAAAAUAAAGGGUUUGAUGUAAAUACAGGGAUGAAGAAUAUUUGAGGGCAAGUUUUUCGUUUACAUAUAUUUAUCUAGCCAGAGCAGACUGUCCUGAUAGAGGACCGCGCCUUUUUGCUCGCACUCGCGUUUUUCAAUGAAAAAGUAGAAAUCCUCGAAUCGGAGCGACAGUUCAUGGGUCCCGCAGCCAAUAUACGGCCUCCUCUUGUGCAUACUGCAGUAUGAUACUAGAUAACGUCAUAGUUACAAGUGUAAAAUAUUAAAAGCAUAAAAAUACUGUCCUGUGAUUAGAAAUAUUUCAGACGACACGCGGCAUUCGUUUCUUUUUGAUUAUAUAAAAAUACCGUUUCAAUACAGCCCCGGUUAAAAAAAAACCAGACGAACUACAUAAAAAAAAAUACUGUAUAUCGGAAUUCUCAGUUGAGGCCCUUCACCAAAAGGGCCCGUAACUGACCGCCGGACGGGGCCUUUCAGCCUCCGACGGCGCCAUAAUCACCUAUUGCUCACAAAAAAUAACUACACUACUUUGCAUAUAUGUUGAAGAAAGAACCUUUCGCAUGAAUUGAUUUGUGAAAUCAAAAGACGAGCGUAAAAUCAAGAGUUGCCCCGCGAUUGUUUCACACAUACGAGAUGAACGAAAAAAAUUUAUUGAUUGAAAUAACUUUUUAUAUAAUUAAAAAGUGUAAUAAUGAAAAAGAAGCAGCGAACGAAAACAAAACAUUUUGAUGGACAGUGAAGCGUAAAUGUGUUUUUUAAAAGAACACGAACUGUUUUUAAUAGCAGCAGGAGUCGACUUAUAAGAGGAAAAGUGUGUAAAAAUUCCACUUUGCUGACGAUGAAAAAGUAUGAUGAUAAAAAAAAUCACUCUCUCACCACCGAACUCCGUAAAGAUGCAAAGAAAACAUUAUAAAAUGAAAAUUUCUUCUCACUUGAUUUAGUUGAAGUUGAUGUUCUAGAAAGAAUAUUUAAAGAGAAAAAAAUAUUAAUAAUUAAAAAAAGAAGAAAGUAUUGUGUCUGCAAAGUAAAUGAAAGUAUAUUUAGUCCUCACUUCUAGCAAUUUACUCUACUUCAGCAGCAAGAAAAUAAGGAGCAACCAAAAAAUAAGCGCGUUCACCAUUUCUCUCACUACUCUGCAUUAACUCUUAAUGAAAAAUGAAUGAAAACAUUCGCUGUUAACACUCACACACAAGAAAAUUAUCUCAUGGAAAUUAUAUACAAUUCUCCAAAAUCUGAGACACACACUUACACACGUUUUUGUUUACUGUUCAUUUUACUUAACUGCAAAAUUUGAUUAAGAAAAUAGCAUUGUUAAAAGAGCGGCCGUCCGCAAAAUAUUUUUAUCAAGCACCCGUCGACGAAUUGAAUUAACUGAAUGCAAAUUAAUAUUGGAAGUGAAAAUUAACCAAAAACGAUCGGGUAUUAAUAAGUACUUUAAAAAAAACCAGUGUUAUAAGCAUAAAAAUGAUGAAAAGCACACAAAACUCACACACGCAUUCACACACAAAUAGAUUGUAAUGAAAAAUGAUAAGAAAUUAAGGAAUGAAUCAAACAAAGUUGUUUUUAUUGCAAGAAUUUUGUUAUUGAUGAUGAGAAGAGUAUAUAUUAUUGCCGAUGAAUUGAAAUGGGAAAUAUAGAAGACCUUUAUUUAUAUAGAUAUUGUUGUGUCCUAAAUUGUAUUGAUAUAGUUUUUUAUAGGAUGUACAUGGUAAAAAAGAAUGAAAAAAAACAAGAAAAAUUCACAACGUGCUUGAAUGGUGCAAUAUAUAUAAAUUAUAAUUUUUAAUUCAAAUGCGAUGGUUGCUGGUGAUUUUAAUGGAGAGAAAAAAACACGGGAAAUGGAAACAUUGAAAAACUGCACGACGCGCGUGAUCAAGCAUUUCGUCGCACGCACACACAGACACACACGUUUAUAUAAUUAUAUUUGUGAAAAGUGAGAGACACGCGGUUUAAUAAAAAUUAAGAAGAGAAAGAUGUUUCUUGUUCAUUUUUUGCAUCGAAUCGUGUCCUUGCCAUCGAUCGCAAUUAACAUUUUAUGAUUACUGUAUAUGAGAAUGAACUCAAAGGAAACGAGAGAGAGAGAGAAAAAAUCAUUAUAAUUAUUACACACAUGCCUGUUACACCAAACAACUUUUUGUGGUUAAUGUUGAAAUGAAAAUAAUAAUAAUAUGAUAAAGAUCUGUUCACUUUUUAUACUGCAUUCUCUUUUGGCUACACAGAUGAGAACUUCUCUUGCCGCCGCCUGCGUGUCUGUAUACUAGAUUAAUUAAUUAUAUAUAAUUCAUCGAUCAAUUCAAUGCACAAAAUAAGAUGUGGAGCGCCUAACUUGUUAUACGAUAUCGAUUGCCGCGACCAAAAAAAUCCAAAAAUUUGAUAUAGUUUCCGAAAGUCAAAGUUUACAUGUUUUGUUUAGCACUGAUUGGUCCUUUUUUAUUAGAGAAUUUUCCAUGUGAGUGUCUCCUGUUAACUUUGUAAAUGAUAAUUGUGUGUAAAAUCAUUGCGUUUUAAUUUCUUUAUGAUGUUACUAGAAAAUUCACUCUCUUCUUCUUCUGGAUCCGGUUUUUGUGCCGCACACACUGACUUUAAUGAACAAAGAUUUAAAAAACAAAAAGAGAGAAAAUGCCAACAAAAGACUGCAUGCUUAACCACAGUACACACGAAAAAAAAUCGCGUGAAUAUACAUAUUAUUGAAACAAAAAAUGAAAACAUCAUACAGCAGCGACGAAAAUGUUUUGCGGAACUUUGACGAGAAACCCACAACCAUGCCCACCACAUACGCAGUUUUAAAAACGGAGAACCUGUUAACUAAAUAGAGGAAAGUUGAGCAUCUGUUGUUGUGUUGAUUGUGUAAGAAAAAAACUUUGCUAAUAAACGAUCAAAUCUCACAAGGCGUAUGGCGCGCACAAGGAUUUUCUGGAAAGAAAAAAGCGCCGUAGCCUAACUAAAAAGCCCACUAAACCAAGCAGAAAAAAACGAGCGUUUUGUAUACAGCCCUGUGUAAAUCGAAAUGAGACGAAAAAUAAUGCUUUCCAUUGCUCUGAAUUAACAGUAAAUUGAGACCAUCUGCGACUAAAAGGAGAACGAAAGAAAUACAGAGAAAGAAGAAAAAAACUAUCUCUCUCACUCACACACAAACACGAGAACACACGAACACAAAAAAAAACACGCGUAUUAUUUAUAUUCUAAUUAUUAUGUGGACUACACGUCAUCAGGAUUUUGUGAAUGAGAAAAAGAAAAAUUUUAUGCGGUCACCUUAAACAGCCCAUAAUUAUUAUAGUGUUAAUUUACUGGUAAUAAAAACUAAUAAAGUUCAAGAAACAC